AAAGGAGUGUUUGGACCUCCAAUAGGAAAGCACUUCAUCUUGUUCAUUGAUGACCUGAACAUGCCCAUGUUGGAGACCUAUGGCGCUCAGCCUCCGAUUGAGCUGCUGAGGCAGUGGAUGGACCAUGGAGGCUGGUACGACAGGAAACAGAUAGGGACAUUCAGGCAAAUAGUGGACAUCAAUUUUGCCUGUGCCAUGGGACCCCCAGGUGGAGGCCGAAACCCCAUCACCCAGCGCUUCACACGCCACUUCAACUUCUUGUCCUUCACUGAAAUGGACGAUGCCAGCAAGAAAACUAUUUUCUCCACCAUUCUGGGCGGUUGGAUGAAUGGAUGUAUGAGUAAGAGAGAACCAGGCAGACCUGUGCCAGCCAUCCAGCCUCUGAAUGAGCAUCUCGUAGACGCUACAAUCCGAGUCUACUCCACCAUCACCUCCCAGCUCCUCCCGACUCCAGCCAAGUCCCAUUACACCUUCAACCUCAGAGACCUGUCCAAAGUCUUCCAGGGCAUCCUCAUGGCUGAGGCUGGGAUGAUAGAGGUAGUCAGAUGA